UAUCGAAUUAUGGAGUUCUAUUUUGAAAACCAUUUUGUGCGUAGAUAGAUUGUGUUGCCUAACGAGUGGUUGACUUGUUUGUAUUGGCGAAGAUGGCAUUUAGAGUAAUGUGAAGUUAGCGGUAAGCUCACUGCACUUCACGAGAAGUUUUCCCUCUACGAGCUUCCCCUGCAUGUUGUGAAGAUCUGACCUUAUUCCGCUAUGGAAGAGGAUAACCCUGGGGCCCUGGUUGACAUCUGUCUAGCCUGGGUCUGUCACAGCAUGGAGCAGCUCUGUGUGAAAAGUGAGGAUGGAUCGCUUGGUUUCCACCACUGCCCGGUGUUCCCCCAGCUGCUAUCAGACCAGCUGCUCAGCAAGAUGGCAGAUGAAGGUGUGCUAAAUGAUAGCACCAUCGGAGUUUUCCGCAGCCAUGAGCACCUGCGCCUCCGCCGCGUGUGCCUACGAGCGUCGCAGCUCUCCGCGGAAGCCUUCCGCCUCGCCAUGCAGCCCCACAGACUGCAGGAGGUGGAUGCAUCCAGAGUUCACGGCGGCUUGACUGUAUCAGAUGUGCUGCUCAGCCUCGCAGCCAACACCGAGUCUUCGGACAACCUGCAGCGGCUCAACCUGAGCAGACUGGAAAUGGGAGAGGGGUGCCUCGAGAACGAGCGUCUCAGCUUCAGCUCGAUGCCGGCCCUGAGGACCGUGCUUCUGGCCGGCACGGAGCUGGACGACUCCGGGCUGCAGGACCUCUGCACCCUUCCUCGACUGGAGGCUCUGGACAUCUCAAGCACGUGCGUCACUGACCUCACGCCACUGCUGGACUGUCAGGCCACCCUGAUGUCCCUGUCGGCCCACGGCCUCAGACACCUGGAGAUGCCCGCUACGCGUCUCCUGCUCGUGCUGGGCCGGCUCGAGCGGCUGCGGCACCUGGACCUGUCCGACGACAGGCUGACCAACGACGGGGACGGCGUGGUGGAGCAGCUGUUGGAGAAGCCCGGCAUCCUCCCGGCACUGCUGUCGCUCGACAUGUCAGGCUGGAGGGGCAUCUCGGACAAUGCGGUCCAGGCGUUUCUGGAAGCGAGGCCACACAUGAACUUCAUCGGACUGCUAGCCACUGGAGCAGGCUUCACUGACUUUUUCACCGCUAAGAGCAACCUGAAGGUUGCUGGAGAGGCCAAUAUUCACCAGAUCAGUGAGGCCCUGAGGAGGUACUGUGAGAGGGAGUGCUUCAUACGAGAGGCUCUGGUUCAUCUCUACAGCUUGACCAAUGACACGGACGAGCCUCAGUCAGAUGUCUUGAAGCUGGUAAUUAAGGGAAUGAAAAGCCAUGAGCAGUCAUUGCAUGUCCAGCUGGUGGCCACAGCCUGCAUAUUCAAUCUCACAACUCAAGAUAAGGUGCUGGGCAUGCCACUUCGCCUUCUCAGAGCCACAGUCCAUCAGCUUCUGACCGCCAUGAGGAAUUUUCCAAACCAUGAACAGUUACAGAAGAACUGCUUGCUUUCACUUUGCAACGACCGAAUUCUACAAGAUGUCCCAUUUGACAGAUUUGAUGCAGCUAAGCUGGUUAUGACCUGGCUGAGCAGUCGUGAAGACCACACGCUUCAGAGGAUGGCUGUAGCAAUUGUCUCCAUACUGGUGUCUAAGCUGACCACUGAGGAGACAACACGACUUGGUGCUGAGGCCUUUAUCAUGGAGCAACUCCUCAGCAUCGUCCAGCAGAAGGCUUCAACUGGGGUGGUGGACUCCACCCUGAAGUUCGCUCUGAGUGCUCUGUGGAACCUCACAGAUGAGAGCCCAACAGCCUGCCGCCACUUCCUCCAGUGCCAGGGCCUGGAGCUGUACACAGAGGUGCUGGAGUCCUACUACACAGAGUCCUCCAUCCAGCAGAAAAUCAUGGGUUUGUUGAAUAAUAUUGCAGAGGUGGUGGAGCUGCGGGCUGACCUGAUGGAUGAAGACCUCCUGGAGCACGUGCUCACUCUGCUGGGGGGUGCUGACGUGGAGGUUGGGGUCAGUUACUUUGCAGGUGGGAUCCUGGCCAACCUGACCUCCACAGGAGUAUCCGCCUGGAUCCUUGACCUGGAGCUUCGCGACACCAUCCUGUCUAAACUGCAUUCUGCCAUCCUGACCUGGACCCCACCCCAACAUGAAAUGGUAUCCUAUCGAUCAUUCCAGCCCUUCUACCCGUUGCUCAGCAGCUCCCAGCCCACUGGAGUACAGCUCUGGGCAGCCUGGGCAGUGCACCUGGUCUGCAGACAAAAUGCCUCCCAGUAUGCCAGUAUGCUCCAGGAGGAGGGGGGCCUGGACAUUUUGAAGAGCCUUAUUCUGCACCCCGACACUCAUGAUGAUGUCCGCAAGCUAGCAGAGAGCAUUGUGGGUAUCUCAGAACAAGCUGAGCAAGCCCGCCGAGAAAGAGAGGGCUGAUCUUUAACAUGCUGUCUACGGAUUGUCGGAACAGUGUUUGAGUACAUCACAAAGGAGAGCUGCCUCUGCCCGUCCUGGACUCUGUCAGCCUUGUGACCCGCUCCCACGUGAGAUAGCUCACAUUUCAUGUCGGACAGUUGCUGAUAGCAUUUGAACCAACAAAACAGAUGGUAUAUUAUAAAAAUGGACGUUAACUUUAAGUGGUUGUCAACAAAAUGCGGUCCAGCAUAUACAGACAGAUGCCCUGAUGUCAGUAGACAUCAAGGUAUAGCUGUAGACUCUACAUUGAAAAGUGAACUUUUUCUUGUACGGGCUGUCUUUCUGGCCAAAGGUUAUCGAUACUCGAGCCCUUAAGCCAAUCGAAUUACAGCCCUUUCUCCAGUGGGACCCUAGGAGACCCUUCAGCAAAAUAAUGUGAGAUGAGAAUAGCUAGAGAGUAAUUUGAGAUCUCCACUUGAACUUAAAUUGGACUUGGGCUGAGACAGGAGGAGGGCUAUUAGGAGGAACAGGUUAGAUCUCCAAAAGAGUUGAUUUAUUUCUAGCAAGACACAGCGUGAAGCGUGUGUUGUUCCUAUCUCACACCCAAUACAGUGACAAGUUCACAACUUGUCAACGAAAGAUACGUGUGGUCAGGCACAUGACCAAGAAAAACCUGGUCUAAAGUGACUGCUGCAUGUAAUGGACAGCUAUUUUAAGGGUGCCCUGACCCCGUCACGAAAUGUAGGCAAGACCUUAGACGACUGGUCUGUUUGGACGAAAAUCCUUAUACAAUUUUUAUUCUGUCAUUUAAGUAUUAUUGGGGUAAGUAUUGUUUUUUUCAAUUGUAUGUGUCAAUCAAUAGUGAAGGUAAAUAACUGAGUGUAAGACUUUGCAUUGCAUUUAUUGCCUAUGAAUUCAGAUUCUAGGCGAGUGCAGAUCCCAGCUAUACUCUACUUAUCACACACACACGUUUUAGUAAAGCAAGCUGUCGUAGAAUCCUGGUAUUACAUACACGGUCUCGUGUGCAAACCAGUAAGUCAUGUCUAUGCCUUCAUAGCAUUCUGCCAUCCUGAGAUUCCUCCUGCAGAGUGUGCUCACUCGUCGUCAAAAUACCACACUGUUUGAUUUUGCGCUCCUUGCUCUUAAAGGGAAUAGCAGAUGCCACUCUCCUUGGUUUAAUGGUGGUUACGCCCAAAACACACCCAUGACUAAUUAAGAAACAUAAGAACAACCCUUUCGAACAAAGUGACUCGACUUGAUCACUUAUCAAGCCAUCAAAAUAGUAAAAAGUCCAAAAUGUGCUUAAUCCAUAUGCUUCAGACCAUGCGUUUCAAACCGUCAAAAUAAGACCCAAAGUUUUCCUUUGGCUGAAGCAAUGUGUUAAUAAUCUGGAAUAAUAAUUGCCUCACCGUAACAAAGUACAGAGUAAAUCACUGACUGGAAUCACUGACUGCACCUUUAACUACCAUCAACAUAAUGGUUUAAAGGUUUCAAGUGUUCUCCACCCAGUUUUAAAUCUGUUUCCCCUUUCUACACACAAUUAUAUAUCAUUGUGAAAUGUGAAUAUGUGCUGAAAUAAUUGUCCAUUUGAUAGAAGGUCAAUAGCUGUGAAAAUAUGAAAAUUUUGUGGGCACUGUAUUAACAAUUUAGUCACUGUCAGACAAGUCCCAUGUUAACUACUUCAAAGGUUUAAGACCAUUAUGAUUUUGUAUUCUUAAUGCUGGGUGUCUAUAUAAUUUAUUUGUUCAUUGUGUAAAACUAAAUUAUUUCUUGAACUUGUAAUUAAAUUGUCAUAAAGAU